AUGCCAAGCAGCGAAAACACACUGUACUCACAGGGAGUCAACUUUGGAAGCUUUGUCCAAGAAGGUGUUGAUGCUCGAACCGGACAAUAUACCUCCUCCAUCGCCUUGUAUGAGGCCCCGGCCAAAGCCCGUAAUUGUGCACCAUUCAAGCUAUCUCUUCGGUUUAGCCCCUUGAACACUGCAAACAUUGGCUUCGGCAAGGGUUGGUCAUUGAAUCUUUCUCAGUACCAGCACAUUGCACCACGUAGCCUUAUACUCUCUACUGGAGAACACUACCAAGUCUCCAACAGUGGAGGUCUACUUGUCGAGGACCAAAAGCUGAAAAGCUUCAAGUUUCAGCAGAAAGGUUCCGAUUUCGAGAUUAUCCACAAGGAUGGAAAAAUUGAACUUCUUUCCAACGCUCACAACGUCUAUAACACGAAUGUCCCUGUCAAAAUUUACGCAGCUAAUGGGCGCGCAUUGACUCUUGUCUGGAUUCCAAUUAAUGGCCAACCAAGACUGAGCAAAGUACAAGAUGGCGACGAGAUUUUGCUACAGAUCAACUAUCGAGAUCCGCACGUGGAGAUUGUUCAUUCUCCAGGGGCUGCAAGCCUCUCUACCUUCACUGCAGUAAUCAGAGGAGGUCAGCUACAGGAGUUUUGGCUGCCUUUGACAGAUGGUGCAAAAUGGAAGUUUGCUUACAUUGCUUAUGGGCCGCUCAUUUGUCUGUCCAACAUCCGCAGUCCUUUGGGUUUGGUGGAAGAGGUCACAUAUAAUUCAUCUGGGUUUAAAGUGCCACCAGGAGGCCCCUAUGAGUCCAUUCCAGUUGUCAGACAGCACAUCAUCAAGCCUGGAAACCAACAGCCUGCUAUCAAAACGCUCUACGACUACGGCACUAACAACUUCCUCGGGUACGGAGCCGUUGAUCAUUGGAAAUAUGGCGAGGACAAUCUCUAUCGCGUGAGAGACAACUACACAUACACUGCUACUGUAUCCGUCGAUGGUGGUCAAAAGACCAAAUAUACCUACAACAAAUUUCACUUGAUCGUUGAGACUAAGCGAGACCUAAAUGGAAAGCAGAUUACGCAAACUGUUGAAUACUAUGUCAAACCAAAUGUUGCACUAGUGCAUCAGCCACCACAGUUCCAACUACCAAAAAGCGUUAAAACAACAUACUGUGAUUUGGCUAACCCAUCGUUGUUUCGGGAUGAGAUAACUUCUCAUGAGUUUGACGAAUGGGGCAACCCUACUUCGGACACUCAGAUAGAUGGCGUCAAGACAACGCGUGCUUAUUAUCAGCCAAAUGGGGAGACCAGUAAAUGUCCUGCUGACCCUCAUGGUUUUCAACGCUAUUUAAAAGAGCAAACUAUCACCCCUCCCAAGAAGCCUGGCCAGGCUCCUGUGCGGACUGCACGCCACACCUAUAGAGAGCUUCCUACAGCUCAGGGUGCGCCAAACCCCUCCUUUGUUCUACUCCAACAGUCUCAAUCUUUCGCGGAUAACGGCCCAUGUAACUGCAGUAUUGACAGGACAUAUGUUAGCCAGCUAGAUGAAAGAGACCAUGGCCGUUAUAAGCAGCAGACGUCAAUGUUGUAUGAUAAAAGUCCCAUGGUGCAAUCCUGGACCUACCAGUACGAAGCCGAUCGAUUUAGUGAGACAACGCAGCUUCAGAGCUUCGAUAAUUUCCAAGUGAAAAACAAAACGAUUUUUUCUAUGGCUGAAGGACGAAUUAUGAGCCAUGUAGAUGAAGCCGGCAUUGAGACUCAAUUUACAUACGAUCAGAUUGGUCGACAAAUCAAUACUACAACUUCUCCAAGCACUGUAUAUGAAGCAACAGAGAUUCAUGAAUAUGCCUUUUUGGGCGAUACAGCAGGUUGCAGUCUCACUGUAACUGAUGCCAAGGGAGUGAAGACCCGAUCUACCACCGACGGUUUGCAGAGAGUUUGCCAAGUAGAGAGGCAAGACGAUGACGGAGAAUGGAAGCUUGAUGCCUACACAGGAACGUUCCGCACUGUACAGGAGCAAAGUUACAACGCACUUGGACAAUGCAUUAGAAUGACGGAUAUCGACUGGUUAAGGGCUUCGGACGGGCCCAAGAAACAGUCCGCCAGUCAUGACUAUGAAUAUGAUGACUGGGGAUAUGUGUGCAAGGUGACUGAUAGUAAUGGCGUUAUUACUUUGGCAGUGACAGAUCCAAUUGAGCAGACUUACACGGAGGGAAUCAAGGCUCAAGGGCAAAAGAAGGCCUCCUUCGAGUCUCAAGAUUAUCUUAUCCAGACAGCACUUUUUAAUGCAAAUGGUAGCAUGUAUAGCAACGUUACCUACACCAAUGAUGGUCUAGGGAGAACAAUUCAAGAGAAAGACAGUCUUGACAAUACCAGCCAGUACACCUACGAUUGCUUCAAUCGUGUGAGCCAUACAACCUGGCAGGAUAAUCGUUUCGGAAAUACCCGAUACGCAGCUCAUACUACUGAUCCUCUCCCUGAAUCUAUCCAGGUAUCAGGUAUUUUUCUUGGCCAACAGCCUUUCGACGGGCUAAGCCGUGCAAAAAGUCGGCAAAUAGCUAAUCGUCAAACUCUUCUGUCCUAUGAAGGUAGCUCGCCUCAGCCUAGCGAUAUCACGACUCCUAAGAACGACAAGCUUCAUUUGGACUAUGAGAAAGCUUUGAACUAUGCUCUGAAGGAUUUGGCAACCAGUGAUAAUCCGUGCAGUUAUCAGUACGACCCGAAAACAGCUGAAGUACGGGAGAGCACAAAUCCAUACUGUACAGAGGAGUUGGAUUAUCUGCCAUCGGGCUUGUUGAAGUCCGAAAGCAUAACUAUUGGUCAAGGAAUGGAGAUGCAGCUUUCGGCUAAGUAUUCUUACUCCAUGAAUGGUAAACUCCAGGACUAUACCGAUGUUCACGGCCAAGACCAAGUACUAGAUUAUGAUCAUUAUGGAAGGCUUAAACAGCUAUCACAAGGACCAAUAACAAUCACACUCAAAUACGACGACGCGAACCGCCUUGCACAAAGUAUCGUACAUGAUAACAAGAAGGAUACGAGUCUAAUGACAGUCUUGGAUUACGAUGAUUUUGGGCGUGAGACCAAGCGUACAGUCUUCCAAGGCCCGACUGUGCUUUAUGUCUUAAGCCAGGUGAAAUAUGAUACGGAAAACAGAGUCCAAAUCCGUGAAUUGAAAGACGGUAGUGGAAACACGAUCCGACAAGAAAACUUUCAGUAUGACAAUAUGGGCCGAUUGUUUGACUAUGAAGUUCAAGGAACCGAACUUCCAAUUGAUGAACAUGGACGUAAAGUGCUCCAUCAGGAGUACACAUUCACGGAAGUUGGUGGUCUGAAGCAGGUCACUACCCACUUCCAAGAUGACAGUCAGAACAUUGCUCGCUACACAUACUCUGAUAAAGACCCCUGCCAACUCAUUCUUAUUUCAAACACGCACCCUGAUGAGAAACCACAGGUUAAGCUUGAGUAUGAUGACAAUGGAUGUUUGACCCAGGAUGAACAGGGCCAGACUCUGGAGUAUGACACUUCUGGUACCUUGAAAGCUGUACGCAACGAAGACCAGACGAUCUUGUGUCAGUACUACUACGACUCUCAUGGCAGAUUGCUUACUCAGAAAGUACCUGGCAAACCAGAUUAUCAUCUACAUUACCGAGGAGAGAUACUAGUUGCUGCUACGAGCGGCGGUGCUAAUAUUAGCUAUGUAUCUAGCGGAGACCAACACUGGGGUCAAAUACUCCAGGAGAGUAACGAGACAUCCACCCAGCUCUGGACUUCCGACAAUCACCAAUCUGUUCUCGCCUGGCUGGACACAAGUGAGCCCUCUCAAAUCUACAACCAAGUCUAUACACCAUACGGUUUCAGCAACGCCCAGUCUGCUAUCGGUUGGAACGGACAGUGGCGAGACCCCGUUACUGGCUGGUAUCAUCUCGGAAACGGAUAUCGCGUGUAUAAUCCCGUCCUGAUGCGCUUCCAUAGUCCAGACUCUUGGAGUCCAUUCACUUCCGGCGAUAUAAAUUCCUACGCCUAUUGUUAUGGUGAUCCAAUCAACCGCAUCGACCCUUCAGGUCACUUUAGCAUAUUUGGUAUCCAGAUCACCUGGCGAAAUCUGGCCCAAGCUAUAGUCGGGUUUGCACUGAGUGUUCUAGCAGGUAUUCUCACGGACGGUGCCUCGGUGGCAAUCGAAGUCGGCGUGGAUCUGGCUGUUGCUGUUGCAUCUGAUGUUGGAACUGGUGCUGUAUACGACGUUGCCGCAGGGAGAAUCCCUGAUUUGCAGAGUGUUGGUAGCGAUGUUAUUUUCGGCGGUAUAGGAAAUAUGGUCAGCAGGGGUCUAUCUCGGGGUGCAAAUAAGGUUUUCAAGUCAGUUAGUGAGACGCUCGAACAGCUGCUCGCUGGUGCAGAGAAGCUACGCGUGGCAGGCGGUAAACCAGUUAUGCCUAGCAAGAUUGGCACGGUACACUCCUUUAAACGAUUCAAAUUACAAGCGGAUCAAUUUAGCAAAUUCGAUUCAUGGAACAAAAUGAGUGCUGCAGAAAAGAAACUUUUCAACAAAGGUCUAAUGGAAAUGAAGGGUAGAAUCAAGGAGAUUGAAAAUAGAGAGCCCUGGACGUGGAUUCAAGCAAAGGAUUUGCCAAAUGUGGGAGGCAAAAAUGGUCCAGCGUCCGAAAAAUUUGUCGAUUUUCGUAGGUUGGUCCGGGAGGAGAGACUUUCUCCUAGACAGGCCGCCGAUCGAGCAGGUGAUAUGAACUUUACGAAAUUCAGAGGGUCGAAACCGCCACAGUACGAGAUCAGGGCCUCUCAAGGUGAUAGAAUCUCGUUUCUGAUAGACAAAAAGAGUCGGGAGGUCACUAUCCUCCAGGUUGGGGGCCAUUCUUGA